CCCAGCGGUGUGCAGGCAGCGAUGGCCACGGGAGAAGUGUUGAAGAAAGCGUCGGUGAGGAACGUGUCGGUGGAGAGAAAGAACCUCAUCACCGUGUGCAGAUUCUCAGUAAAGUCGCUGUUGGAGAAAUACACAGCCGAGCCCAUCGAUGAUUCAUCCGAGGAGUUCAUCAAUUUCGCCGCCAUCCUCGAGCACAUCCUCAGCCACCGAUUCAAAGGCUCUGGCAACUGGUUCGAUGGACAGAGGAGUUACUGGGACUACGUCCGCCUGGCAUGUGCCAAAGUCCCCAACAGCUGCAUCGGCAGCAUCGAGAGCAUGGAAAACAUCAGCACGUCACGAGCCAAGGGCCGAGCCUGGGUGAGAGUCGCCCUGAUGGAGAAGAGACUGUCUGAAUACAUCGUUACUGCUCUGAGGGACAGCAAAACAACCAGGAGGUUAUACGCAGAAGGAGCCGUCAUGUUGAGGGAGGAAGCCACAGUUCUUACGGGGAUGCUCAUCGGUCUCGGAGCCAUAGACUUCAGUUUCUGUCUUAAGGGGGAGGCCUUGGAUGGAAAAUCUGCAGCAGUGAUCGAUUACACACCGUACUUGAAAUUCACACAAAGCUACGACUACCAGAGUGAUGAUGACGAUCAGCACAGUGUCGACAGCAGCAUGAGCGAUGACAGCGUCCCCGAUCACCCCUACGUCCCCCUGGUCACUGACGAGGAGAGCUGGAGCACAAAGUGUCGCAAGAUGGAGCAGAGGUUCAAGAUUGUCAACGCUCAGAAGGGUUACCUGGAGGAGCUUGUGCGCCUGCGUGAGUCCCAGCUGAAGAACACGGAGUCGGAGAACAAGAGCCUGAAGAGUCGGCUGGAGGAGAUACAGAGCCAGAGCCAUCUGGAGAAGAAGGAGCUGGAGGCCGUCGUCCUGGAGCUUCAGGAGCAACUGACAAGCUUGAUUCCAUGUGAUUCCAAUCAUCUGGCCAAAAACCUCUCGAUCCCCCUGAUCAACCAGUGGCCGGCACUGCAGCCGUACAACAACCAGGAGGACGUCAAGCUGUUCCGCAGGAGGAGCUUCCCCAGCACGGAGCUUCUGUCAGUGGAGCUCAGCCUGGAUUCAGACUCUCAGAGGAUUGGGAAACAGAACGGAGACUGGUGCACAGAAAAGGACUACACCCCCUCCAUGAUGGGCCUGUGUGGGUCCUUGGCCUCCAUCCCGAGCUGCAAGUCUCUAACAAGCCUCAAGUCCAGUGAGUGCCUGGUUGACAUCAGCACAGAAAACAGUCCUGCGCUCUCUCCCAGCUAG